UUUUUAUAGUAACGUAUAUUAGGCUAUGCUUUAUUGGCACGCAGAUUCUGACUAGAUUCUGUCAUUUUGUAGAAUGAUUGGAAUGAAAGAUUUCUAUUUUGCAACCUUUAGCCUUCUGGUGUUUUGUCGACAUGUUGUGGCUGCAGUGGACAAGCCAAUGACAGAUGAAGAGCAAAAAGAUUGGGAGCGCAUGGAGGAGAUGGUGCAAAAAGAAAUUCAAAAGAUGAAAGCGAAAUACAGCAAGGGGUCCGACACAUGCGAGUCCAAACAAACCAUGAAUGCCCAGAUGCUAACCCCGACACCGGAAGGAACAGAUUUUGAGGACGUGUAUAUGGCUCAGUUGUGUAUCCAGUGCAAGGAGGUGGCUAAAACUUUGGAAAAAGGAAUGGUCAGUGCAGACAAAAGAAAGAGGUACGGCCGCCAUCUAUCCGACGAGGAAGUUGUGGAACUGAGCUACAAAAUUUGUGCAAAGAAAGUUGAAGAUUUCACCAGCUUCUGUAAAGAGAUAGUAGAGAAGAGCGAGACAGUGUUCUAUGAGAGGUAUCUGGAAGGGCCUUCCUACGACUUGACCACGAAAGCCUGUGAUCCUUACUGCAACCACAAAAAGAAGAAAGACGAAUUGUGACAACCGGUACAUUAUUUGCUUCAUUAAAUGAACUCUUGGGCUUCUGUUGGACCAAUUGUGCGCUAUUAAAAUGUACAAA